CUUAUUAGGGUGAGACUAUCUCUCUCUCCCCUCGUCUGAUCAAGCUAGCUAGGGUAGCCCUGACUGAAUCUAUCAAACCCCGUAGGCCGUAGGAUGUUACAUCGGAACGGAAACCGUGAUUUGGUGAAGAACGGAAAGCGGACGUACGAUGCCCCAUCUCCAUCAAUGGGUCCCCACACAUCGAAAUUCGACCCAAUUUCAACCCGAAACCCUUUCUAUUUCUGAUAUUCAUAUUUUCAGAUCGGAUUUGAGGAGAGAGAGAGGGGGAGGAGAGGAGAGAGAGAGAUGGCGAGGGGGAAGAUCCAGAUCAGGAGGAUAGAGAACUCGACCAACAGGCAGGUGACCUACUCCAAGCGAAGGAACGGACUCUUCAAGAAGGCCAACGAGCUCACCGUCCUCUGCGACGCCGAGGUCUCUCUCAUCAUGGUUUCGAGCUCCGGCAAAGUCCACGAGUACAUUAGCCCCUCCACCACAACAAAGCAAUUGCUGGAUCAGUACCAGAAGACUCUUGGAAUCGAUAUUUGGAGCUCGCACUACGAGGCAAUGCAACAGCAUUUGAAGAAGCUCAAGGAGGUGAACAUGAAUCUUCGGAGGCAGAUCAGGCAGAGAGUUGGGGAUUGUCUGAACGAUCUGAGUUUCGAUGAACUGCGUGGUCUCGAGGAAGAGGUGAAAGCUGCCGUCGACGUCAUUCGCCAGCGCAAGGUUCGAAUGAUCUCUAAUAAGAUUGAUACAACCAAGAAAAAGGUAAAGAGCCAAGCGGAUGUGAACAUGAGUCUCCACGAACUUUAUGCGAGGGAAGGUAUACACUAUGAAUAAGUAGAGAAUGAAGGGGAUUAUGAUUCAGUGUGUGGCUGCUCACCAAAUGGAGGAGGACCUCCCAUAUUUGCGAAGUAGUAACCAAUCGCAUCCCACUAAUCUUCGCUGCAUUGCUGCUGGAGCUGCAUCAGAUUCCACCACUGCAGUAAUUAGUUAAACAUUUGGUUAAUUACCCAUGUAUUGCUAAGAUUUAAUUAAACUCGUUUGUUGUAGACUUGUAGUGGCAGUAUUACCUAUCACGAUGUCGUUUUGUUAUGGUGGGCUGCAUAUGUGGUUGGGCCUAAAUGUUUGGGCCAUGUAACCUAACACAGAGCCUCUAAAACUUCUUUCACGAUGACGGUCCAUGUAAGUCAUGUUUGCUGGAUUCAAUUCCCUUUUUUAUGUU